GCCGGCGCCAGGGGUCGGCGGCGGGGGAAGGUGCCAGAGCGUGAGCCCUUCCCUGCCGCCGCCGCUUCCUCCAUUCAUUGCCCUUCGCCUCCUUCGCCCCGACCCUUUGCCCGCUCGCUGCUCCUUCCCCUGCCGCCGCCAUGGAGGCGCUGAUUCCCGUCAUCAAUAAGCUGCAGGACGUCUUCAACACGGUGGGCGCCGACAUCAUCCAGCUGCCGCAGAUUGUGGUGGUGGGGACGCAGAGUAGUGGCAAAAGUUCGGUGCUGGAAAGCCUGGUGGGAAGAGACCUGCUCCCCAGAGGCACGGGGAUUGUUACCCGAAGACCACUCAUCCUGCAGCUGGUGCACGUCUCUCCAGAGGAUCGUCGGAAAACAGCUGGAGAUGAAAACGACCCUGCAACAUGGAAAAAUUCAAGGCACCUUUCUAAAGGGGUGGAUGCUGAAGAAUGGGGGAAAUUUCUACAUACAAAAAACAAGCUUUAUACAGAUUUCGAUGAAAUUAGACAAGAAAUAGAAAGUGAAACUGAAAGGAUUUCUGGAAAUAAUAAGGGAAUCAGUCCUGAACCUAUUCAUCUAAAGAUUUUUUCCCCUAAUGUAGUCAACUUGACCCUUGUAGACUUGCCAGGAAUGACAAAGGUGCCUGUUGGGGACCAACCAAAGGAUAUAGAACUUCAGAUCCGAGAACUAAUCCUUAGAUUCAUUAGUAACCCAAAUUCAAUAAUUUUGGCAGUCACUGCUGCCAAUACAGACAUGGCCACCUCAGAGGCACUUAAAAUAGCGCGAGAGGUGGAUCCUGAUGGGCGGCGCACGCUUGCUGUUAUCACAAAACUGGACCUCAUGGAUGCUGGCACUGAUGCUAUGGAUGUCCUUAUGGGAAGAGUGAUACCGGUUAAACUGGGCAUUAUUGGUGUGGUGAAUAGAAGUCAAUUAGAUAUUAACACUAAGAAGAGUGUGGCUGAUUCGAUUCGUGAUGAAUAUGGUUUUCUACAGAAAAAGUAUCCCUCUUUAGCCAACCGGAAUGGAACAAAAUAUCUUGCCAGAACCCUCAACAGGUUACUCAUGCAUCACAUCAGGGAUUGCUUACCAGAACUAAAAACUAGAAUAAAUGUUCUAGCUGCUCAAUAUCAGUCCCUCUUGAACAGCUACGGGGAACCUGUGGAUGACAAAAGUGCCACGUUAUUGCAGCUUAUUACCAAAUUUGCCACUGAAUAUUGCAACACCAUUGAAGGGACAGCAAAGUACAUUGAGACUUCUGAACUGUGUGGCGGAGCUAGAAUUUGCUACAUUUUUCACGAAACCUUUGGGCGUACUUUAGAAUCUGUUGAUCCAUUAGGCGGCCUUAACACCAUUGACAUCUUGACAGCUAUUAGAAAUGCUACUGGUCCACGCCCUGCCUUGUUUGUGCCUGAAGUCUCCUUUGAACUGCUUGUCAAAAGGCAAAUCAAACGUCUGGAAGAACCUAGCCUGCGAUGUGUAGAGCUUGUUCAUGAGGAAAUGCAGAGGAUCAUUCAGCAUUGUAGCAAUUACAGCACACAGGAAUUGCUGCGAUUUCCUAAACUCCAUGAUGCCAUUGUUGAGGUUGUGACCAGUCUUUUACGUCGGAGGCUGCCGGUUACAAAUGAAAUGGUUCAUAAUUUGGUAGCUAUUGAGUUGGCCUACAUCAAUACCAAACAUCCAGAUUUUGCAGAUGCCUGUGGGCUCAUGAACAACAACAUAGAGGAGCAGCAAAGGCGGAACAGAUUAGCCAGAGAGUUGCCUUCUGCUGGGUCACGAGACAAGUCCACUAAGCCUCCUGGUGCUUUGGCACCCUCCUCCCAGGAGACCUCUACUGCUGGUUCUGCUGAGGUUGAUGGCAAGACGUCUCCUGCUAUAGGAGAAGGAGUCUCUGAAUCUGGAACAGGCAACUGGAGAGGAAUGCUGAAAACCUCUAGAGCAGAGGAGAUAUUAGCUGAAGAAAAGUCAAAACCAGUACCAGUUCUGCCUGCCAGUCCUCAAAAAGGACAUGCUGUAAAUUUGCUGGAUGUGCCAGUUCCUGUUGCACGCAAGCUUUCUGCCCGAGAGCAGCGAGACUGUGAGGUGAUUGAACGCCUCAUCAAAUCAUAUUUCCUAAUUGUGAGGAAGAAUAUUCAAGACAGUGUGCCAAAAGCUGUGAUGCAUUUUCUUGUUAACCACGUGAAAGACUCUCUUCAGAGUGAAUUAGUGGGACAGCUGUAUAAGGCCUUAUUGCUGGAUGAUCUUUUGACUGAAUCGGAAGACAUGGCUCAGCGCAGGAAGGAGGCUGCUGACAUGUUACAGGCCUUGCAACGAGCCAGUCAGAUUAUUGCUGAGAUACGAGAGACACACCUUUGGUGAAGGCUUCUCCACUUUGAUGAAGAAAUGGAUGACUUGAAAAUUGCUAGGCGUUAUAUACUCAUGAACUCCCUAAGUGUACUGCAGUAUAUAUAGAUGCUCAUGUAAAAGACAUUUGGUUUGGCUUUCUACAGACAGAACAGUAUGCUUUAUUUUGCAAAACAAGUCAUAUAUAAUCAUUUCCCCUCCAGUUCUCUGGUGCAAUGGACAAGUCUGUUCUCCCCUAAGGAACUGGGUUUGAAUUAAAACUGGGGAAGGAACUAUAUACAAUUCCAGUGCCUGGCUUGCUAAAUGAGUUGCCCGUGGAUAGGAUGAACAGUGUAGUAUUGUGAUGUAGCUUUUCCAGCUGCUUUUGCAAAAUAGGUUUUUCACCCAUGAAGAAAGGACACCCAGUAUCUUCUUUAUAAUGAAUUAAAUUGCAUGCAUUCAGGUAUCACGGAGAUAAAUGGCACAGUAGAAAAACCGUCAUAACUUGUGUAAUGUGUGACCUCAUGUUUUAGAACUUUAAAGAAAUCUUUGGUUAAGUUCCAAGCUGCAUUGGUGGGUUUUUAAUUCAGAUGAAUCUGGAAUAAUUUAUAAAUAGGGAUUCUGCUGAGAGGCAAUGUUAGCCAAGGAGAAAUCUGACUCACAUCAAUUUUUGGUUAGAGACCGGACCAAGACUCUGGGACCGUCAGUGUAAAAGAGUUGCAAAUUAAAAAGCAGCAGCCUUAAAAUCAUAGAGGUCAUGUUUUUCUUAAAUAUGGAAAUAGGAAUGGGUAGGAAUGGGCAAUUUUAGCCCCUCUCCCCCCACACCAUAUUGGAUUGUAGCUCCCACUAUUCCUCACUAUUGCUCUAUGGGAUGAUGAGGGUUGCAGUCCAAUAAGAAUCUACACAACAUGAAGCUGUCCAUCAGAUUGAUUUAUAUUAUUUGCUGCGGUCUAUCAUUGUGCUGUCAUGUUUUUCCCCACAUAACAUAGAGUUCACUUACUUGAUAAAAUCCACAUCGGUUUCUCAGGAUUCUAUAAUUUUGACCUGCACCAAGGAGUCAUGUCAGAAAUACACAUAUUAAGCUCACUUUGAUCUGCUUACAUUAGGGAAGUAGUUACCGUGCCCAUUCUCAACUUUUGUGCUCAUGGAAAACGUGUGGGCUUCAUACAUGUGGUAACUGUUUUAUCCACUCAACCUUUACACAGCAUGCUGAAAAGUUAAAAUGGUGUUCUGAAACACUUAGGACAAAAUGAAUUUUUUAAAAAACAUUUUAAUCAGAAUAUUCAACAGUUUGAAAAUGAGUUGUCUUUCCCACCCAUUACAUUAGAACUGCAUUGCAUUUUUACUUAAGGCAUUUUAAUCACAUGACAAAAUAAUUCUGCUUGAGGAUCGCUUCUGGUGCAUUGGAAAAUUUAUGGGACAAGAUCAAGCCUAAACUCAGUUUACCACCUGACUGAGAAAUAGAAGUUCCUCUCAUGGAAUCUAGUAAGCUGGUCCUAGUGUCUGACAAUGUAGAAUCUCUCCACAUUAUGUGUGACAUUUCUGAUAACUGUUUUACUUAGCAUCCUCCUCCUUCAACAUUUGCCAGUGUAAAUGGUAAAAAGAUGUCCUUAAACAUCUCAGUCUGUCAUAUCGGGACCUCAGUUUGCUGCAUCGGGCAAGCAUACUUUUGGAAAGAACCAUUUUUUCCCUUAAAUUACUCACAUAUACAUACAUGCAAACAGUUACUUUUACUUAACUGGUUGAAAAUGGGAUAUUCUAAAAGUCUAUUGUUGCCUACUUUAAACCCCCUAAUAAAACAAAUUAAUUUACCUGCCAAAAUACCUUUUGUGAGUGUUGGGAAUUAUUUCCUCUUCAGAAGUGCUUUGGAAGUACUUCAGUUUUGCUGCUGACUAGAAAGUUAAAUUUAGUUUGUAAAUGUAUUCUGUCUUUUGAAGGACUAAAAAGUAAAUGAUGAAAUAAUCUAAAUACUGUAUGUGCAGAGUGGAAAUUAUUGCAUACAAUUGUCUCCCUAAGUGUGAGCAUUAAUUUGUCUAAAAGUGAAUAGACAUUUUUGAGACCUCCCUCCUUCCUCAUUUUUCCCAAUCCUACUUAGCUUUUUUAAAUGAUUUCUAAAUCAGUCACAAAAAUGUCCAUUUCUCCCCAAGGGCACAGUGGCAGGUGCUGCCAAUGAAGUGAAAUUAGUGAAAUUAAGAUAAGAUGCAGUCUAAGAGUUCAUUCUGAACUCACUACUAGCAUUUCUGAGAUGAACAGCCCCCAGAAAGUUGUUUUAAUGGGAUGACCCAUAAUAUCACUCUUCAUUCUGAUCCGAUACUGAGCUGUAUAGUAAAAUGAAUCCCAAAGUUGUGUUCCUCUAACUUGGCUGUGAUAUAAGCAACCUAAAGAUUAUGCCUUUCAGAGACUCAAGAGUUUAAAGUAUAGGUCACAGAGUAUGAGCUCCGUACCAGGAUAUCAAAGUCCUUCAUGUGCUUUAAAAUAGUUUUACCUUCCUAGAUUAUGAUCCUCUAGGUUUUGAAGGACAAGCCUGUACCAGACAACCCAGUCUCAGGUUAGACUCAAGACUGCAGUGGAGUUUCCAAGCAGCCUAGUAGUUUAAAUUUACAUAGUUGCAAACUGUGUGGAUAUUUAUCAACAGCUGUGAACAAAUUUAAAAUGGCAGCUAUUAUUGCCACCUCUGUACUAGCGCUCUUAAAUAUGGCUCAUACAGGAGAGAAAACUGAUUUGAAAUUUAGCAUGCUAUGUACAUAUUACAUAGUUUUAAGGCCAUUUGGGUGUGACUUCAUUUCCAGUGCUCUUCCUGUCUUUAGUAGACUGAUGCACCUAAGAUAACUGAAGCCGUGUCUAACAUAAGCCAUGUAUCUUGCCAUAUUUCAAAAAUCACUGUCUAGUGCAAUUUACGAUAUAGAAAAUUUCAACCUAUAUAAACACAAGAUUAGACAAGAGUACUGUAUGUAUGUAGCAACUAUUGUAAAUAAAUCUGAUUGUGGUAAAAUGAGUUUUACAUCAAUAAACCACCCUUUGAAGUA